AGCGAGGACUGCAUGUCCCACAGCACGUGUCUCCAGCCGAGGAACGCAACCAUGGAUGCGAGCAGCGAGGCCUGCAUGUCCCGCAGCACGUGUCUCCAGCCGAGGAACGCAACCAUGGAUGCGAGCAGCGAGGACUGCAUGUCCCACAGCACGUGUCUCCAGCCGAGGAACGCAACCAUGGAUGCGAGCAGCGAGGACUGCAUGUCCCGCAGCGCGUGUCUCCAGCCGAGGAACGCAACCAUGGAUGCAAGCAGCGAGGACUGCAUGUCCCACAGCACGUGUCUCCAGCCGAGGAACGCAACCAUGGAUGCGAGCAGCGAGGACUGCAUGUCCCACAGCACGUGCCUCCAGCCGAGGAACGCAACCAUGGAUGCGAGCAGCGAGGACUGCAUGUCCCACAGCACGUGUCUCCAGCCGAGGAACGCAACCAUGGAUGCAAGCAGCGAGGACUGCAUGUCCCACAGCAUGUGUCUCCAGCCGAGGAAUGCAACCAUGGAUGCGAGCAGCGAGGACUGCAUGUCCCACAGCACGUGCCUCCAGCCGAGGAACGCAACCAUGCCACGGCUGACAAAAACUCUAGCAACACAAGUCCAAAGAAAAAUUCGCUCGAUGUUCAAGUGA